UAUUGGUUGUGCGCCCUAACGACCGGGCGCGUUGAGUAUUCUGAAAGAACACAAAACAUGAAGCUAGCUUAGCUAGCCGUCCUGUUAGCUAAAUAAGUGAAUUAUACAAUAGGUUAUUUUCGUUUCGUUUUUUUAUAUGUAGAUUCAUAUCUAUAUGUUCUCCUUUGUGUCUUCGGCCAAGAACCCAGAAAGAUGCCACAGAAAGCACUGGGACCCAUUGUAGGUCUGCUCUGGGCAGGGACCUGUUUUGUGGUGCAGGGGAAGGAGUUCUGUUUCGGGGUGAAUAAUGAGCAGUACCGGUGUGAGAUGGGCUACUGUUGUGGAGAGACCGAAUGCUGCACCUACUACUACGAGCUGUGGUGGUUCUGGCUGGUCUGGACCCUCAUCAUCAUGCUGAGCUGCUGCUGUGCGUACCGCCAUCGCCGCGUGAAGAUGCGUCUCCAGCAGGAGCAGCGGCAGCGCGAGAUCAGCCUGAUGGCCUAUCAGGGCGCCUCCAGCUCCUUCAUAGCCCCGCCUCCCCUUAACCUGAGGUUCUGGACGGACUGCAAGCUCCCAGACUACGAAGAGGUGGUCGGUCACCCCCCGACUCCGCCCCCGCCUUAUUCGGAACUUCCCCCAGACGCCCUCCCCACCGCUGCGCCGCCCGCCGGCCAAUCGGAGGCUGCCGUGGUGCUGGAGCCCCCCGUGGGGGCGGGGCCCCGCGGGGAGCCGGCUGCCUAUUCGCCGGGGGCGGCCGAGGGCGCGGCGACUCCGAGCCAAUCGGGAGGAGGGGUGGAGGACGACGAGGAGGAGGAGGGGGAGGGGCCCGGGGUGCCGUCGUCCACGGAGGAGCAGCUGAUGACUCGGCGGAGGCACGUGACCGGCGACUCGGGGAUCGAGGUGUGCGUGUGCCAGCUGGACGAGGCCUCCGGCCCCGAGGAAGAGGAGGAGGAGGAGGCGGAGGAGGAGGACGGUCUGUGCCAGGGGCCGAGGGGGGACUGCUGCUCCCAACGCCUCCCCGACGGGCACAAGCAGUGCCCCACCCAGGGCCAGGCCCAGCCCACCAGCAGCAGCAGCAGCAGCGGGGAUGGGUUGGUCUGAGGAGCUCCUCCCACGAUCGUAGUGACUUAGCAACAGGGGAGGGGGCGGGGUGCGGUUGGGUGGGGUGGGGUUGGGCAGGGCAGGGGUGCCACCAUGUUUGUCAUCAUCAUUAUCCGGAAACCGUGAGGUACUGCCAGGAACUCACCAAAAUGCAACAGCAGGAGCUUCUGCUAGCCAUGAUGAUGAUAAUAAUGAUGAUGAUGUUGAUGUUGAUGACACAAAUGGCAUUUUAUUUCUGAAAGCUUUUUUGUGUGUCUAGGCACUUGAUUGCUUGUUCUGGAGAUUUUGGCCUUUCCAUGGACAGGGAUGAGAGGAAGCAGUCGAGGAUUCUGGGUAGGGGGUAGGAAGAUUCCGUGACACGGAGGGGUGAUUGAUGAUUGGGGCAGGGCAGCUAAAGGGCGUGGUGUGAUGUGUGAUAUUAGUGUGCUUAACGGAAACGGACAUACCAACCCCCAGCUCUUUCUCAUGCCCUCGCCUCAUUGGUGCAAAUCGUCCCAAAAGGGCAUCGCGUCACUUCCUGCCAACGGCGCAAAUUUCCA